AUGUCUCCUCCCCAGCAAGAUGCCGAUCCUAGGGCAGAGGACUCGUACUCGGACAGCGACUCUGCGUCCGAUAUCCUGAACACAGCCAACGACGAGGGGUGGGAAGAUGUGGAGCCAGAAGAGGAUUCUCAGCCAGUGGUGGGAUUGUUCAGCGCGGACGUCUAUCCUGAUGUUCGCGUGAUGCUGAAGGAAACCAGGGAAAGGUAUAAUUUCGAUCUCGUGAAGGUGCAGAAGGAAUUCGAUUUGGACUUUCUAGGCACCAUCAAACUGGUGAACUAUAUACGGUCAGAAGUUCAAAAGGGCAACAAAUCGCCGGACGUCAGCUCGAAAUCCGUAUUCGACGAUGAUUCCUACCUAAAGCCGGUCCUCGAUGACGAUGCGUUGCUUUACAACCUGGAAGACUUGGCAGAUGACUCCGCGGAAGAAGGAAACAAUGAAAAGACAACAGAUAAACGGGUGGCCGAGCUCGAGGAAGAGUUGGAGCUGCUGCGUGGUCAAUUUGCAAACUACAGAUUGGCAGUGCAGACGUCCAUGAGUGAGCAACUUCAGGCCACUGACGAUUCCGUACCAGCAAAACCAGUCGCAACCAAAUCUGAAGCCGCCACCAGAAUAGAGGACGCUGAUGAAGGCUACUUUACCUCGUAUUCCACUAAUACAAUCCACGAAACAAUGCUCAAGGAUGCAAUCCGCACGGACGCGUACCGAGAUUUCAUAUAUGAUAAUAAGGGCUUGUUCAAAGGCAAAGUGGUCAUGGAUGUGGGCUGUGGAACUGGAAUUUUAUCCAUGUUCUGUGCAAGAGCAGGGGCAAAGAUGGUCAUUGCAGUCGACAAUUCAAACAUUAUCCAGAAAGCAAGGGAGAAUGUAUACAAGAAUGGGUUCGCAGACGUAAUACAGUGCGUUCGAGGAAAAAUCGAAGAAGUCACCUUGCCGGUUCCCCAAGUGGAUAUCAUCGUGUCGGAGUGGAUGGGAUAUGGAUUACUCUAUGAAGCAAUGCUCGACUCUGUUCUCUGGGCUAGAGACCAUUAUCUCGCACCAGGUGGAUUGAUGGUGCCUUCCCAUACAACUCUACGUAUCGCCCCGUAUGUGGAUUCAGACUUUGUCGAUUCACAUGUGACAUUUUGGAAGUCCGUGUAUGGGUUUGACAUGUCAAGCAUGCUCACCAACAUUUACGACGAGGCUAUCGUUACCGGCGCAAAACCUGAAAAUGUCGUCGCAGAUUCGGCUGUCUUCUUGCCGCUUCCGUUACAUACGAUAACAGUUGAAGAGCUUACUUUCCUCAAGAAUUUCGAGGUCACUUUGAAAGAAGAUAUUGACGGCCUUGACGGUUGGAAUAUCUGGUUUGACACGUUUUUCAUGCCUUCGCCUACUUCCAAAUUCAAUGACAACGCCAUACCCUCGGAUAUGAAGAAAGAAGGCUUUGUAGCGUUUACGACCGGCCCAUUCGAAACAGAAACUCAUUGGCAGCAGUGUGUUCUGCUGGCAGAUCAUAGCGAGAGAAAGCCCGUGCCGUUGAAGAAAGGACAGGUUAUCAAAGGCAGCAUUGCCUAUAAGAAAAAAGAAGAAGGCUCGCGGGCGUUAGAUAUUGAAGUUAAGUGGAACAUUGAUGGCGUCGAAGAGCGGAAACAGAGUUGGUCACUGCAAUGA